UUAAGAUUGUCAAUCACAAGCGUCAGCAAGAAACCAAAAUGAUGUGCACUGUCAUUUUUUGCAUUUUGAUAAUGUUUUCUGAUUUCGUUCAUCCAAUGGAUAAUGGCGACAUCAAUAAUGUUGAUGAAAAUGUCGAUGCCUUACAACCUCCUGCUCGGCGUCACCGAUCGUAUUCACUGGCGGAGAAAAUCCGUCUGCUCGAUGACUAUGAAAACGAAAACAUCAGGCAGCCUCAUGGGAUUUCAUCGGCCCAGUUUGCCAGGGAGCAUAACAUCCCCUCCGGGACAAUGCGCCGAUGGCUCCGCGAAGAGGAUGACCUCCGAGAGAGACAUCGCGAAACUACGAGCAGGCAGGUCAACAGGCGCAGACAAAGACAAAGAGGCAUUGCCUUAUGGCCAGAGGUUGACAGGUCAGUUCGUGAAUGGAUGGCAACAAGGCGACAACAUGGGGUACCUGUCUCGGGCGACGACAUGAUGAUUAAAGCUGAACAGUCUUUCCGAACAUGGUGGGCAGUGCUUCCCGAACAGCAGCAACAGGAAUACCGGCAGCAUCGGCCACAAUUAACAGACUUCAGGGCGUCCAGAGGGUGGCUAACUGGUUUUCUCUCCAGGAACGGGAUUAGAUUUAGGAAACAAUGCAAAAAUGUUACGGCUAUUCCCGAAAACGCGGAUGAACUUGUGGCCAAUUUUCAGCAAAAUGUUGCCCAGACGGUUGAUGAAAAUGGGAUUGAACUUGUGAUAAACAUGAAUGAAACGUUUGCACUUUUUGACAUGGCGCCACAAUACACCUACAAUGAAAAGGGGGCAAAACAAAUUGAUCUUCGCACGUCCCGAGGGAAUCCGAAACUAGGAUGUACCGUAACUUUAGGGAUUACAAGGGAGGGGAGAAAUCUGCCUGCGAGUGUGAUACUCCGAGGACUGAGGGCUGACGGGGAAGUAAUCCAGGAUUUGAGGGAGAAUGCACCGGACAAUGUCCGAGUAACCGGGUCUGAAACGGGUUGGGCAAACUGGCAGACACUACUAUCGUAGGUUAAUGACAGUCUUCUCCCUUUUGUAGGUGAUGCCUUUUCAUUUUUGUUGAUAUGGGACAUGUUCCCAGCCCAUAGAAAUGACAAGGUUCAGCAUCACAUUGAAGAUGCGCCUGGUUUUAUCCAGUUGAUUCCAGGAAGAUGUACUUCUUUGGUCCAGCCGUUUGAUAAAACUGUCAUCCGUUCCUUCAAAAUUAGCAUGCGUAAAAUGUGGAAGGCCUGGAAGAUCCAAAGUAAUGAUGAACAUGGUCGUUGUGAGCCAAUUACUAGGGAUACGCUUUUGCGCAUUAUCAGCGACUCCUUGGCCCCUACAACGGAAGAGGCAAUCCAUACGGCCUGGCGUGCGUGCGGACUGCUUCAAGGAGAUGAGCCAGUGCCAGAUCACGUUGAUCAAGACAUUAUUGAUUUUGAUAACAUUGAAAUCGAAGACAAGUCUAGACUGGUCUAGAAUUUGUAGAUUUGGACGAAGAAUUGACUUAAACCCAGUAUUAAUCAUCACAUCCUGUUUGUCUUUCUUUUCAUCCAAUUCAACUCAAUGAGCCCAAGUGCUUUUGCACGAACGCGGUAGAAGUCUACCACCAAUAACCCCGAGGCUGUACACCUAACCACAAGAAAACGACACUUGUCAUCAGCGUCAUCUAGGCCUAUUUCAAAGGACCUGAACAUGUAUACGCAAUGAUUUCCUCACGACCAGUUUUGUGGGCCGUUCGCUUAUCACAUAUUUUACAGUAAUUCUCAAGUGUAGAUUUACGAUGAUAAAAGUAAUUCAUGCAUCUCCUGCAGAGAUACACAGUAUGAGUGUCAUUCCUGAAGAACAUAUUGA